AUGUUCGACGAUAGAGAGAUGUGGGUCCUUGCCUACUUUAGAGACUUUCCCAUGGGGUCUCUUAUUAGGACGACGUCUGUUUCCGAGUCUGAGAAUAGCUUCUAUAAAACAUUCACGGGACCUCGCUCCAAUCUAGUUGAGUUCAUCAUGAAUUUUGAUCAUGCAUUGGCUGCACAAAGAAAUUCAAGCUCGAAGUUAGAUUAUAUGGAUUCAACUAUUAUACCUCCGUUCUCCAGUCAAUUGGUAUUGGAAAAACAUGCUGCAACAGAGUACACUGAUCACAUGUUCAAGAGAGUGCAACAUGAGAUAGUGGACGCAUUGCACCAUUGCAGCACUGAUGGUUUGUUGAAAAAUGAUCUGUUAGAGAUCUCCACAAUAAAGGACAAGUAUAGUAAAUCUUGGGUUGUUACCUACACGACCAGUGAGGAUUCGUAUUCCUGUUCUUGCAAAUUGUUUGGGAGAGAGGGACUUCUUUGUAGCCAUAUAUUUUUGUUUUUUAAGAACAGGUUUUUGAAGGUUAUACUUGAUAAGUACUUCCACGUGAGGUGGUUGAAGACUGCCUUAGCUGAUGCUAUUCGUGGACCAGCUCGAAGUUUGGGAGAUCCUGAAAUUCUAUCAGAUCCAAACCAGCUGUCAAAGAAUAAAGUUGCUGACAUAUUUUUCAGUUACAUGAAAAAAUUUGAUGGUGAUAGUGCCAUCAUUGAUUUGUUUUCAGCUGGAAUUGAUGAGCUUGGGAAGUGUCUUAUGACUAGAAUCCAUGAACCAUCUUUAGCAGACAAGGAUAAGCCAGUUAAAGAUUUCUAUUUUGCUGAAAAGCCAGCUAUGGUUAGAGUACAGCCACCAUCAGUUGUGUCCACCAAAGGUUCGAAAAGUGAUUCUAAAAGCCGUUUGGUGUCCGCGAAGGAAAAGGCUAUAAAGUUGAACAACAAACCAUUGCGUCAGUGCAAAGAAUGUGGAGAAUUUGGUCCCCAUGACUUUAGGAACUGUGGUCGACAAAAGGGAAAAUAA